UCAAUAAGUCGUCAAAUAAAAUCAUACACAUCAUUAUCCAACAAAUCAUUAACAAACCAAGAAAAAAAAAGAGAAACAACGUUUAUCUAUGUGGCAAAACAAGCAAAAGCUCAACUUCUUAAAAUCCUUAAAUUCACUUUAACAGUGAUGUCAUUAAUGAUUUUCAUAUUUUAUUUGGCAUACCGGGGAUUUCAUCUAUAUAUUGAAUACUUUUUACAUCCCACACCAAAAAAAUUAUCUUCAGAAGCCAGAAAUUGUUUGCGAGGUGCGUACUUUCGAGAGGAAAUGGUAACCGAUUCUCAUGUAGCUGAAGUAUAUUUACAAAGAGCUUUAGAAAUUGCGAUUAAUAAACAAAAUUUAAGUUUGGAUGAUCCUGUAGUUAUAGAUAUUUGGUUACGUAUAGCUUAUAAUUACGUAUGGACAAAAAAAUUCGAAGAUGCUAGUUUAGUUUAUCGAUCUACUUUAGAAUUAUUGUUACAAUCAAAAAGUCCUGAAAAUUUCAAGAAAGCGAUCGAGGUAUCGAAAAAGUUGGCCGAGGUUUAUAUCAAUAUGAAAGAAUUUGAUAAUGCUGAAAAAAAGUUAGAAAUUUCUACUUCGAUUCUUGAAAAUUCUAAAGUUAUUAGUGAUGAGUUGGUUAAGUGUAUCGAUUUGCUUGCGGGCUUAUAUGCUCAACAAAAGAAGUUUGAGUUCGCUUUACCCUUGUAUUUAGGAAUUCUAAAAAUUCUACAAAACAAGCAAAGAGAAGAUCAAAAUCAAGAUAGGUGGAAAUGUUGGGAAGCCAUAACAAUGGGUCAUUUAGGUGAAGUGCUUUAUGGGUUAGGAAAACACAAUGAAGCGAUGGGAUGGAUGCAACAAGGUUUAACUAUUUCAAAAAAUAACAGUGGUAACAGAGAUUGUGAUGAAUGUUCUGGCGUUAUUUUUAAUAAUUUAGGUUUAAUUUACGAAAAAAAUGAAGAAUUUGAGAUUGCAAAAUCAUUGUAUAGCCAAGCUAUUUCGUAUGCUACUAAAGCUCAAGAUUUUGUUGGACUCGAUCAAUUCUCUCUGAAUUUAGAUCGACUGAUUAGUGAGGAUUAUGAAAAUGAGAUGAACAUUUAA